UAUAUAAUCUUUCUCUUCUCUCUAUACUUACCAAAAUUAUUGACAAAUUAAAAAUGCGUAUGAGUUGCAAUGGUUGUAGAGUUCUUCGUAAAGGCUGCAGCAAAAGUUGUAGCAUUAGGCCUUGUCUUCAAUGGAUCAAAACCCCUGAUUCUCAGUCCAACGCCACUGUUUUCCUUGCUAAGUUUUACGGCCGUGCUGGUCUUAUGAAUCUUAUUAACGCUGGCCCUGAUCAUCUUCGUCCUGCGAUAUUUAGGUCAUUGCUUUAUGAGGCUUGUGGAAGAAUAGUGAACCCGAUUUAUGGAUCGGUAGGGUUGUUAUGGUCAGGGAAUUGGCAGCUUUGUCAAAAUGCUGUGGAGGCGGUACUGAAAGGAACUCCAAUUACUCCCAUAGCUUCUGAAAUUGCUGUAAACAACAACGGUCCUCCUUUGAAAUUGCCUUACGACAUUAGGCAUAUUAACAAAGAUGAAAACUCUACCAAGUCCAGCGAGCUUCAUCGGGUCAGGACCCGAUGUCGAUUCAAGCGCUCAGGUGCUAACACAAAAGCGACAAAAUCGAAUCCUGUAUGUUCCGGGUCGGGUGAUGAAUUCGCCCAUGAGAAAGUUAACGGGUCUACGAGCCAUGAGUCUUCAUUGAGUCACCAGUCUGAAGAAGAAGCGGCGGCGGCGGUGGCUCUGAAUGUGGAAUGCGAAAGCCCGGAAAUGGCUGAAGUAGAAGAUUCAGCUAAAGCGGACGGUGAAGUCGAAUUGGAACUGACUUUAGGUUUUUCGUCUUUAGGAACUGUUGAGGGUAAACCGAAGGAAACUAAACGGAAUAAAGGUGUUCAGUUGGUGGACGGCGCCGGAGAAUGUAAAAUAGAGCUUGGACUUCAUUGAUUAGUUUAAUACUAGUAGUUCAUUUUUCUUUGUUUACUUUUUUGCCCUCUACAUUAGUACAAAUAUCAAGUUAUAUAGUAGCA